AGUAUCUAUUGCUUGGACUGAGGCACCAGAUGCUGGAAAGACGGCACGUGUUUGUGUGUUUACUGGAGAAGCCGUGUAGACAUGAUAGUGCUGAAAGUGUUUCUGUACCUGCAGGGCCUGUUGCUGGCAGCACGGUGUGAAGUUUGGCCCAGAGACCAAGAGCUGAAAGAGGGAGAGGACGAGCAAUUAAACCAACCCCAAGGUGCUUGGGAUCAUGGCAAUCCAUAUGAACAUUUUGGAACUGGUCAUGACAGUGCUGGAACACAAAAACAAGGUCCGGUUGUCUCUGAAACUAUCCAUUACCCAAUGGAGCAUAGGCAUUCUAACCCCAAACAUGGGUCUCCAUCUGAGGAUGUAUCUGUGGAUGCAGAAGGUGGUUCAGCAGAUAGCAAUAUCCAUCCAAAACGCACAGGAAACUGGUGUACAUUUGUGCAUAAACGCGUAGUCACAAAGCCAAUGGCCUGUGGCACUGAGAAAUAUGUUAUCAAGUCCCAGAGUCCUUGUCCGAGCAGGUCGCCAGACUGCCAUCUGGUCAUGUACAAGCUGUCUACUCGGCUAGUGUACAAAGAGAAGCAGAUGAUUCACACAGCGCUCUUGUGGAGAUGUUGCCCUGGUCAUGCUGGAGAAACAUGCGAGGAUACUGUGGAAAAUGGCCAUGUGUCAGUGUCAGGAGACUCUCAGCUUGGUGAUACAGGAAAUGAAUGGAUUGCCCACAACCCAAACCAGAAGCAGAACGACCAUCAAAAGACCAAACGCUCACUAAUCGAGUCCCUGAUGUCUGAGGAGAAACAAACGGAUAAACAGCACAGACAAGACCCUCCAAGCUCACACACUGGUCAUGAGCCUCACUAUGAGAAAGGUGCACACCACAGUGUGGAUAAUGGUCAUGGAGGUUCUCCAACAGAGAGGCAUCACCCAAAUCCCGGACCUGUACCCAUCCAUUAUUUAAAGGAUGUCAUAAUGUCUCAUCUACAGCCAAUAUUUGACAGCUUCAACCUGACACUAGCACGCCUGUCUGAAGAGGUGCAGGACCUACAGAGGGACAUGACCCAGCUACAACUUGACCAAAUGUUACAGGGAGAGUCCAAAACAGCAGGAAGUGGAAUAGGUGAAGAGUUAAAGCAACAUGAGGCAAAGACAGAGACCUUGCAACAAGUGGAGGAACUGACUAUGCAACUUGACCUUCAGCGUGAUGAGAUGGAAGAAAAGCUACAUGCACAGCAGGCCAUGCUGCACUACAACCUCACCAAUCUGAAGGCUGGCAUGGAUGUCCAGCACAAACGCAACCAGAAGAUGCUACAGACGAGCCUUCAUUCCAUGAACUCCUCACUAUCAGAGGUAAAAGAGAAGCAAGAGCAGCUGGAGGAGGAGUUCCAGAGGGUUUUGAGACUUGCAAGUCAAAUGCCAAGUCCUGAGAGACAGCCUCAGGAGGACACAGCAGUCUGGGAGGCCAUUAAUCGUCUGGACAAUAAGGUGGUCAAUAAUACUGUGCAGCUCAGUAUCCUAAACGAAGACCAAGUCCAAGCAACUCGGACGAUAGAACAGUUGCAAAUGGGCUGGAAGGCCUUAGAAGAACGUGUAACCAAGAAUGAUCGCAAGAAUGAGGACAGAUACAUCGAGGCUUUCCUUGAAGUGGAUGCAGCAAAGGUGGCAGUACGAACGAGUACUGAUGAGCUAUCAAACAAUGUCACCCUUCUCCAAAGUAUAGUCCAGGAACUGGAGGAGGACCUGGACCAUUUAUUCAUCCAAUUCUCUAAAAACAUAAGCAUCGGUAGCAGAGACUGUGACUGCAGCGGCCUCAGCAAAUCUGUGGUGCAUUUGAAACUGGCAGUAGCUAAUAUAUCAGUAAUUGCAAAUGAAAACAGGAUAGCUUUAGACAGCGCAGCAGAAGAGAGGGUGAACAUUUGGGAAAAUGGUGGUCCGAGCCAACCAGUGGAAGAGAUCAAAUUGGGUUUACAUACUGUGCAGAACUUGCUGGCACUUGAGCAAGAGAAACGCAGGACACUGCAACAAACCUUAAGCACACUCCAGACCUCUGUUUUAAGCAGUCAGACACAUAUUGAAGCUCUACAGCAACAAGACAGUAAGAAAUCUGGUGAGAUAAAACAUCUUUUUAACUCUUUCAGCUCUCUGUUGCAAGAUGCCAUACGCCAUUCCAGUGUGCUGGAGGUUCUGCUCGGUGAGGAGGUUUUGGAGUUUAUUGAAUUGUCCUCACAAGUCCAGAAGGCCCACUCCAUCCCUACGCUGAAAAUGAUGAUCAGCGACCUGCAGGAACAGAUUAACAAACACAGCCAAAGCCUGGCCUCCAUGCUUAACUCUGAAGACCCCACUGCAGGUGAACCAUCAGAGAUGGCAGACUGGAUCGCAGAGGAUCUCAAAAGGAGACAAAAGGAACAGAAAACUGAGCACUUCUCAGAGAACCCUUCAGGACACAAAGAUUUCUUAGCAUUGGAAAAAGCAGUGGAACAGCUCAAAGCUCAUGUCAUAAAGCUGAGAGAUCAGCAAUGUCUGUCCUGCUGUGACUGUGCCAAAGACACCAAGUCCAAAGGUGUAGAGGCAAAACUACAAGCCGAGUUGUCCAGUGUGCACAAGAGCCUUGACGAUCAUCUCAGGCUUUUUAGUAGCAUUUUUAGUAAUACUGAUGGUCUAACAGCGUCUGAAGCAACAGUAGAUUUGGACCAGUUGCUUGCACUAAUGAAGAAAAAAGAAGCCAAACUUCAAAGAAAGAAGCAAAAGAAGAGAGCGGAAACACAGCAUAGCAAGCGGGAUACCUCGCUACAAACGGCAGUACACGAUCAGCCUCAGGAGCACACACUCAUGUUUGCAGUCAGCAGCAGAGACGGUGUUAACACACCAGGUACUGUUGUGUUUAAAACCACGUCGACAAACCACGGGCAAACAUACUCACCUGAAACGGGCACGUUCCGCGCGCCUACCACAGGGGUUUACCUGUUCAUGUUGACGCUGGACUUCGGGCCUGGGCCAUCUUUAGCCCAGCUGAAAAUCGGAGAGAAAGUAGCAGCGGCAGUGUAUCAGAACAUGAGGGAACCAGCAGGACCUGCUACUCGUCAUUGCCUGUUAUAUCUGCAACAGGGUGAAGAGAUCCACCUAGAGCUAAUACAGGGAACAUUGAAGCAGGAAAACACCUUCACCGGACUGCUGCUCCAACAGAUCACAUGAGCACACGGUCACCUCUGAGAGUAGAACACACACUGCACUGGAAUGAACAAAUGAACAAGCUUGAUUUUUGAUUAUUUUCAAUACAGCACUUUUUCAUUUCUCCUGAUCACCGAUUAGUUACAAGCAGCAUCUUGGGCAGCUUCAGAAUCUUCUGUAUUUCGAUGUAAUUGAAAAUCAAUAGUAUGAGACCUUUCCAGGCUUAGACUCUCUGUGUAUGUGUGUACGUGUGAGAAUAGAUAUACUACUUCAGUGAAAAUACGUAACAUUUAUCUGUAUAUUUCAGCUGCAAGUUAAAACACAACUGCCAAAGUUAGGUCAUUGUUACUGCAUGCUGCUCACACACACUUCUCUCACACACACACAAUGAUCCACAAGCACUCGGAUUCAUAUAGUAAAUAUUUACUUCAAAUGAAUACAAUGGACAAGUAUCGUAUGUAUGGUAAUUGCAUUUUCUUGGCAAACUCAUAAGGCACCAUUCAAACAGAAGUUACUGUAAAAAAGGUGUGUAAUAAUUAUAUACCAACUGUUACCUUGUAUUAGCACAGGGCAGGGAAAUAUAACAUUUAAAUAUCUACAUCAUGUUAGAGGUGCUAGUUCAUUAUGUUAAAGUGUGUCAUUUUAAUUGGAAAAACUAAGGUUUAAAAAAAUAAAAAAGUCACGAAUCACAGCUCAAUUUUCGUGAGCAAAUGAAUAAUAAUGAUUCAAGAAAAACUUUCUGCUUUUCCAAAAUAUCCUCUUCUAGCCACAGAGUGCACACGUUGCUUACACAGCUACUGUUUCCUGUAAUAUUUUAUUGCAAUGAACUGUUUUUUCUCGAGUUAUCCCAAUCAUCUUUUACCUAUUUAUAUUUUUUAAAACAAAUUUAUUUUUUGAAGAGCAUUUUAUGACCAUUUUAAUAAUUUUCAAAAUCAUUUAUUUUUCUGUAAUUUUACCUUUGUAUAACAUCGUAAAAUGUUGGCAAAUUUUGAUAAGGCAUAUUUAGUCUGGCACUAAACUGAGGACUGUUGGUUCAUACUUCCUGUACAUAUAAACCCCAUGUCAUAGAUGUUCACUGCUUUUUCAGUGGCACGGAAACCAAUAAAAGUAAAUUAAGGCU